AUGAAGACUGCGAAGCCCCCUCAAGGGGAACCUGGUCCCUCAAAUCGAAGAGCUCAACCUGUUCGCCAGACUCGAGCAAAUCCUCCGCGAGCAUCAUCUGGCUCAACCCGCACCUUUGCCAAUAGAGAUUCGCUCGGUGGCGGCCAUGGUCACGAGCAACCCAUCGACGUCUUCCCUGCAAUCACAUACUUCACCGAUGCUAUAACAUCUCUUCCCAAAGACCUCGUCCGACAUUUCACACUUUUAAAGGAGGUCGACGCUAAGAUCUUCGCUCCCGAAGAGACACUCUUUCAGCUCGUCGAGGCCGUUCUUAAAUCGAGCCCCCCCGAGCCUAGGAAUGCCAACGAUGCAUCCAGCAGCAUUGCCGCAGCUUCGACGCCAAUGAGCGCUCAGAACAGCUCAAGCGGUUUCCCUGCAAAUGGCAAUCCUGCUGGAUCGACCGACGAUAACUACAAUUCUACUGUAUUUGAUCCAAGUAAUCUUCCGCGACGACAAUUGUUUCGUCAAACUGCCUUUAAAGUCCAAGAAAUGCUUGUCUCGCUAGAAGAGAAGAACCACGUAAUAACGACCGCGAAUGAGGCGCUUUCUAAACAACUGUCUCGGAUCAAUGAUGUAUGGCCACACCUGGAAGCCGAGUUCAGUGACGAGGCGAAAUGGGGCAGCACUACACACUGGGCGUAUCCAGAGAACCGAAUAAAUCGAGCAAAUCAAGCCGAGCGAUCGCGACGAGAUGGCGCGGCUACAAUCACCGCCGCAGCCCAGCAGCUCGCGGAAGAAGCCGCGGCGCGGAGCGAUGCUAGAAAGCAAGCUAUCAUAGCUAAGAAGGGACUUAAGAAUCAACACCAAGACUCGGAUUUAGAUGAUCACGAGAACAAGCACAAGAGCGAAUCAACUAAAAAGGCGCCCAACCAUGGUAGCAAAUCUCGCAAAAAUGCCGACGCAGCUGCACCCGUCGGAUUGGGUAUUACUUCAGGUGCUCCCACUACUGCCACUACUAACGGGAACCCUCCAUCAAAGAGACGAAAAGUUGAGAAUAGCAAGCCGACCAACGGAGGGCAACCUAUGGAGCGCGCGAUGAGUUCAGUCUUUGGCACAAAUGCCGGGAAGGCCAAGAAUGCUAGCCCAAGAGCAACACCCGCCCCUGAGCAACCAAAGAAGCGUAAAGCUCUCCCGACCGUUAACGGCGCCUCGAAGAAGAGUAAAACAAAUGUCGCAGCCGCUGCGCUCUCGCCCUCGAUUGCGCCAUCCCCGAUUCAACCCAACUUCGACCCGAAGGUCGUUGCUCGUGGCUCGCCCGCCCCUUCUACAACCUCUGCGCGCCCUGCCUCAUCUCGGGCGAGACAAAACUCCAUACAGUCCAACGUGGAAAACGGUCGGCAACGGCCAACUUCAUCCGCGUCAAACAGACCCAACGGGGUAGCGGCUGCAACUCCAGAGCUCACGACAGUGCAGAACGGCACCCGACCGCCGAAUGACGGCAAACCGAAUAAGGAACCCACGGCGACUGUCAAGGUGGAAGCCUCUAAAGAAGAGCCGGUGCUUGCCAUUGCCAGUGCCAGCAAUGCACCGACAAAUAACAAAAUCAUUACGAAGGGAGACGAUUCUGAGCCCAAGGGUGACAUUGCACAAACCCCGUCAGCUACACCCACAACCGUAGUCACGACCAAGAGCGGACGAGCUAGUAAGCCGUCGACGCCAGCAUUAGGGUCGUUCCCAGACCCGCCGCAAAGAUCUCGAUCAUCGAGAAAUGCAUCGACAGCUAACACAAAAAGAAGUCAUAAGAAAGGGGCAGCCCAGCAAGUGGCUGCUCGAGUUGCAGAUGAGGAUGCCAACAGCGCUCAGGGCGACGACGAGGGCGAUGUGGACGCUGAUGAGCCAUUAUACUGUUAUUGUAAUGGUGUCAGCUAUGGAGAAAUGGUAGCUUGCGACGCAGAUGACUGCGAGCGAGAGUGGUUUCAUCUGGAUUGUGUUGGCCUUAAAGCAGCUCCGCCAUCAAACAGUGGGUUCAUCCAGCAUUCCAACGUCGAGGUGACUAGCUAA